ACAGAGGAAACAAUGAGCUCAACACAGAAGGACCAACAUGGAGCGACAAGUCAGCGCUCUCAGGAGGCCGACAAACCUCACAGAAGAAAGGGAGAGAAAACAUACACCUGUGACGAGUGUGGGAAGGGUUUUACUGGGAAGGCUAAUCUAAAACAGCAUCAGUUCAUCCACACUGGAGAGAGACCGUUCAACUGUGACUUGUGUGGAAAGACUUUUUCCUGGAAGAGUGCUCUAAAAAAACACCAACUCAUCCACAGUGGAGUUAAAGCAUAUAGUUGUGAUCAGUGUGGCAGAGCUUUUACUCACAGUAGCUACUUACAGAAGCAUCUAGUUACCCACUCUGGAAUUAAGGCAUACAGCUGUGACAUUUGUGGAAAAACAUUCGGCCGGAUAGGGCACCGAAAUAGACACCUACACAUUCACACCAGACAUGUUGUCUACUGCUGUGAUCAGUGUGGCAAACAGUUUAUAACAGACACACAGUUACAACAACACAUGUUUACCCACACUGAGGAGAGACCUUAUAAAUGUGACCUGUGUGAGAAGACUUUUAAAUCUCCACAUUACCUGAGACGACACCAACAGAUCCACACCAGAAAGAGACUCUACAAGUGCAGUUUCUGUGAGAAGCAGAGCGACACAGAUGGAUCCAGUUCUCAACCCUGUCAUCACUGUGGUGGGAAAGACUUUCGCUGUGACCUUUGUGGGGAAAGUUUCAGACAUCAUAUCACCCUAAAAAGACAACUUAGACACAGUGGAGACAAAGUGAAAUACUGCAAAGAAUGUGGGAGAAGCUUCACCACAUUAAGUGGAUUAAAACGACAUGAACUCAUUCACAGUGGGGUUAAAAAGUACGUCUGUGAUCAGUGUGGGUCAUCUUUCAUUACUGCAAGUCACCUUAAAACACACAAACGAGUCCACACAGGAGAGAAACCAUACAAGUGCAGACACUGUGACAAAAGCUUCUCACGAUCAGAUCCUCGGAGGCGUCAUGAACGUACACACAUGGAAGGAAACUACAGCUGUGACCAGUGUGACAAGAGCUUCAGGAAUCUCAGUUCAUACUCCGCACACAAACGAUCCCAUGUUACUAAUAAACUGUUUCACUGUUACCAAUGUGCCAAAACAUUCACUUCAUUAUCUGCUCUGUGCAAACAUCAGUGUGAUCACUCAGGGCUGGAAUCACUCCCAUCACAGUGAAUCUGAAGAGACAGAAAGAUCCUCUUCUGGUUUCAGGGCCAGACUCAAAUCCCUUGAGAUCAGGCUCCACAGAGUUCAGAUUGAAUCUCCUGUAAAGAUCUGAUGAGGCAACUAUGAAUGAAAAUGGUUCUCUAGUCUCAUUUUAAGGUUUCUAAACUGUUCUGCUUCAGUGUUCAUGUUGAGUGGUUCACUUUGAUCCAGCAGUAGGAUGAAGAAGUUUGAGCUGUGAUUUCAUUUCCUGUAUGUCAGAGUAAAGACUGAAGUGACAAAUGGAAACAUGUUUACAGUCAGAUUCAGAUGACACACUGAACAGGGUUCCUGCAGCUUAUUAAAAAUCUGACCUGUGAUGCGCGCUCUGUUCUUGCACCUGUCUGUAUUUAUAUACAAAAGUAAUACAAUAGUGAAUACGUCUGUUCAUAGACAGAGGAAUGUUGGUGCGUAUGCAUGUGUGUGUGUGUGAUUCUUCUUGUUAGGAAGCGCAGAUAAGAGUGUCCAGCUCUCCUCUAACUGGUAUGGAGGGAAACUGCUUGUUCAGCUCUUAUUAUCACUGUGGGAAGAAACUUACAAAAGAGAACAGAACAAGUCUUGUAGUGGACAACAGUCUAAGUCAUCAAAAGGUCAUUAUGCAGUAUUUUAUCAUAUGCAAACUUAUAUCAUUAAAAGCUUAUACUGACUACUAA